GGAGAAGCACGGCGAUAAGUAGAAGUGGUUUUUCUCCCGUUAUCUGCUUUUCAAAAACACCGACCCUUGCUCGAAUCGGACACGAAAAAACCGCAAAAUUGGUGGCAGAGCUCAAGUUGUUCCAAGAGAUUGCUCCUAAACAACAUAUUGAGGAGGAAAAAGAUCGAAUGUGAAAUGGACUAAAGAGGCUUCACGGAAUGUGGUAUGGAUUAUGAUUAUGAUGACUAUGCAUAUGAGGAUUUUUACGAUGAUUAUGGAGAUAUUUUUCCAAAUCCCACGGAUUAUACAUUGCAAGAUUUGUGGACCGAUUGCUUAGUACCAACAUUAUAUGAUGGUUUCCAGUCUUGUGCAAAAUUAUUGUGCUGCUCUUUGCUUUUAAAGUUUUCCCUUUCAUUAACCUUUUUACCUGAACAUGUCUUCCACCUUUCUUCAAGUUCUCUUGGUUUAUACUGCUUGUACAGUUUCUUUGGUAAUGAAAUAUUUUACAUCAUUGUGUUUGCCAUUGUGGGAUAUUGCAUUUUAUUGCUAGCAAAUAAUAUUUUGAAGCAGUACCAAGGAGUUGUAUGUGCACUUUUUUGUUUCAUAUUUCUGAUAAUUUGUGAAUUAUUUUUUGCUGACAAGAAGAUGUGGCAUCGUAUAAGAGGAUGCCAGAUGUUACUUUCUAUGAAGAUUAUAUCCUUAGGUUUUGAUACAGGAUAUACUGAUAAACAAAUGCCAUCUCUUUUACCUUGUUUUGGGUACUUAUUUCAUGUUGGAACUGUGAUAUUUGGGCCAUGGAUUAGUUAUUCUUCAUAUGUUGCAAGUAAAUUGGACAUCAAAAUUACUCUCUCUUGGCUGUCAACAAUUGUUCGCUGCAUAUUUUUGAGUUUCAUAUUUUUGACUGUGUCAACUUGUUGGACAUCAUUUUUGUUAUAUUCUACAGGAUGGAAAUGGAUAGAUGCAUAUCGAGAUGCACUAUCAUUUCGAUCCAGCCACUACUUUGUGAGUUAUAUAUCAGAAGUAACAGCAACUUUGUCAGGUGUGCGAUCAUCAGCUGUCAGCUCUGCUUUUGAGAUAGAAUUACCUAGAUCUCUUGUGGAAGUUGUUGUGUGGUGGAAUGUGCCAAUGCAUUUUUGGUUGAAAACAUAUGUUUUCAAAACUGCCAAACCAUUAGGAGAUUUUGCUGCAAUAUUGUUAACUUAUGCAGCUAGUUCUUUGUUACAUGGUCUUAAUUUCCAGUUAGCAGCUGUACUUCUAUCAUUGGGAUUUUAUACUUAUAUAGAGCAUGUACUCAGAAAAAAGCUUUCUGGUAUUUUCAAUGCAUGCAUUUUAGCCAGAAAAUGUAAACCUGACUGUGAACAUCUGUUUAAAUCGAAUGCUGUAUAUGUUAGAAUAGCAAAUAUUGGAUUUGGUCUUCUUGCAAUGUUUCACCUGGCUUAUUUAGGGGUUAUGUUUGAUAGCUCAUCCUCUAUUGAAGAAGAGGGCUACAAUAUGCAGCAUACAUUACAGAAAUGGGCUGAGUUGGAUUUUAGUAGCCAUUGGGUGGCAUUAUUUUGUUAUAUUUUUUACUAUCUUGUUUGACAAAGAGUUAAUUUAGUUGGAUUCCUACGAACUAGGGUUUCCCUUUCAUUCUCUUUAAGGGUGCUUUGUAAUUUAUUUCCUUUUUAAAGCUAUUCUAGCUUACUUGUUUUAUAUUUUUGGGAUCAAGUUUGUUUAUACAGUUAUAUACUUUUGUUAUAUUUUCUUUAUUUGUUGUUCAUUUAAUCUCUUUUAAUCUUUUUUGUGUAUUAGUAUUAAUGAUAGAGUUCUUCAUUUUUUGUUACAAGCUUUAUACUUCUUAUGAAAUAAUGUAACUUUAAGUAAUUUUGAUAAAAUUUUU